GUGAGCUGCGGCCGAGACUGGUGGCUGCAGGAGACGCUGGACUGGAGAGUGCGCUGCGCCGCCGGCCGCUGAGGGACCGCGGGGCCCGCCACUGCUGGCUGCUACCAGCCUUUACCUAGAGGUGUGGAAAUUCACUGGGGCUUUGAUCAAGCAAAUGCUAAAAAGACACAUGAAGAAGAUCCUUAACAAUCAUUUCUCAACAAUUUUAUAGUCAACUGAUGUAACAAUGGUACUAAUAUUGGGACGCAGACUAAACAGAGAGGAUCUAGGGGUGCGUGAUUCCCCAGCAACUAAGCGUAAAGUUUUUGAAAUGGACCCUAAAUCUCUGACAGGUCAUGAGUUUUUUGACUUCUCUUCAGGAUCAUCCCAUGCUGAAAACAUACUCCAGAUAUUUAAUGAGUUCCGAGAUAGCCGCUUAUUCACAGACGUCAUCAUUUGUGUGGAAGGAAAAGAAUUUCCUUGUCAUAGAGCUGUUCUCUCAGCCUGCAGUAGCUACUUCAGAGCUAUGUUUUGUAAUGAUCACAGGGAAAGCCGAGAAAUGCUGGUUGAGAUCAAUGGUAUUUUAGCUGAAGCUAUGGAAUGUUUUUUGCAGUAUGUUUAUACUGGAAAGGUGAAGAUCACUACAGAGAAUGUACAAUACCUCUUUGAAACUUCAAGCCUCUUUCAGAUCAGUGUUCUCCGUGAUGCAUGUGCCAAGUUCUUGGAGGAGCAACUUGAUCCCUGUAAUUGCUUAGGAAUCCAGCGCUUUGCUGAUACCCAUUCUCUCAAAACACUCUUCACAAAAUGCAAAACUUUUGCAUUACAGACUUUUGAGGACGUGUCCCAGCAUGAAGAAUUUCUUGAGCUUGACAAAGAUGAACUUAUCGAUUACAUUUGCAGCGAUGAACUUGUUAUUGGCAAAGAGGAGAUGGUUUUUGAAGCCGUCAUGCGUUGGGUCUAUCGUGCUGUUGAUCUAAGAAGACCCCUGUUACAUGAGCUCCUGACACAUGUGAGACUCCCUCUGUUGCAUCCCAACUACUUUGUUCAAACAGUUGAGGUGGACCAAUUAAUCCAGAAUUCUCCUGAGUGUUACCAGUUACUGCAUGAAGCAAGGCGAUACCACAUACUUGGGAAUGAAAUGAUGUCCCCAAGGACUAGGCCACGCAGGUCCACUGGCUAUUCUGAGGUGAUAGUUGUUGUUGGAGGAUGUGAACGUGUUGGAGGAUUUAAUCUUCCGUACACCGAGUGCUAUGAUCCUGUAACAGGAGAAUGGAAGUCUUUGGCUAAGCUUCCAGAAUUUACCAAAUCAGAGUAUGCAGUGUGUGCUCUAAGGAAUGACAUUCUUGUUUCAGGUGGAAGAAUCAAUAGCCGUGAUGUCUGGAUUUAUAACUCACAGUUAAAUAUUUGGAUCAGAGUUGCCUCUCUAAACAAAGGCAGAUGGCGUCACAAAAUGGCUGUCCUCCUUGGGAAAGUAUAUGUUGUUGGAGGCUAUGAUGGGCAAAACAGACUGAGCAGCGUAGAAUGCUACGAUUCCUUUUCAAAUCGAUGGACUGAAGUUGCUCCUCUUAAGGAAGCCGUGAGUUCUCCUGCAGUGACUAGCUGUGUAGGCAAGUUGUUUGUGAUUGGUGGAGGACCUGAUGAUAAUACUUGUUCUGAUAAGGUUCAAUCUUAUGAUCCAGAAACCAAUUCUUGGCUACUUCGUGCAGCUAUCCCAAUUGCCAAGAGGUGUAUAACAGCUGUAUCCCUAAACAACCUGAUAUAUGUUGCUGGUGGACUGACCAAGGCAAUAUACUGUUAUGAUCCAGUUGAAGAUUACUGGAUGCACGUGCAGAAUACAUUCAGCCGACAGGAAAACUGUGGCAUGUCUGUGUGUAAUGGUAAAAUAUAUAUCCUGGGUGGAAGACGGGAAAAUGGAGAAGCCACAGACACUAUUCUCUGUUAUGAUCCUGCAACAAGUAUCAUCACAGGGGUAGCUGCAAUGCCCAGGCCAGUGUCCUAUCAUGGCUGUGUGACUAUUCAUAGAUACAAUGAGAAAUGCUUUAAACUGUAAAGCCCGGAUACCUCACCCAAGAAACCACACCAAUCCAAGAUGAGAUGUUGUUACAACUCCAGAGUGCGAACUUGACUUCACCUCCUUUGUACAAUAUACAAAAAAUAGUAAAAAUAAUAAUUUGGCACCUUUCUCCCCCAAAUAAGCAGUCUUUCAAACUGAAAUAAAGCCUUCCCUGUAAUUAAAAAAAUUUUUUUUGUUAAAGGUAAUGGUGGUGGUUGUUUGGCCUUUGAAAGUGUUCCUUUUUAAGAAUUUGUAAAAGGGCUAUGUGGAGUAGAAAAUAAUGUGUCUGUAUACCAUUUAGGAACUUGUGAAUAGUCUCUUCAUUUACUGAUGCUUAUGUGUAAGACUGUAUAUUUGUUAUUAUGUCAUAUAUGCAGAGAAAAUUGUGACUUGAGGCUACAUUUAGGUUGAAUCACCUAAUGCUUAGAAUGCAUUCUAAGGGGAAAAAAUAAGUUUUAAAAAUCUUUGUCAUAGGUUUUUUUUAU